AAUUGUAAAAUAAAUGCAUACGAUGCAAAAGGUAAUCACUGACGCAGUCGCAGAGAGGCGGAACCGAGCAAAAUAAUUCGGUCGGUACAUCAGUGAAUUUGUGUACGUCAGUGAUACCUGUGCAUUCCAACCCCUUGAGCCCCUUGAAUUUAUCAAAUGAAAACAGUUUCAAUGUUCCUGCAGUGAUAUUGUAUCGUCGAUGUGUCAAGAGGUUUAUCCCCUGCUCCGACAAACAUGUGAGAAGCGAUGAGUUGGUUCGACGCGUCAGGAUUUGCCAGUUUGGCAAAAUCGGCCCUGAAGGAGGCCCAGAAAACGAUAGACAAGGCGCUCGACAUAAAAGAAGAGGAACAGAGAGUUGCAGAGGCAGCUGUGAUCGACGAAUCGAAUUUCUUCUCUGCAUGGGGUAUAAAGAGUGAUACAGAAGUGUCCAGCAAUGUCGAGCCCGCCACGACGAGUGGAAAACCUGACAGCAGUAUCUGGGGAAGUUUUACAGGGUCGUUUUUCGAUACUCCUGGCAAAGAAUGGGGAGGAAAGCCUCCGAGACGUUCGGAGUCAUUUGACGAUAAAUCCGAGCCCCCCUCGGUUCCAAUAACUCCCUCAAUGUCACUGCCAGACAGUCUGACUCGAAUUCAAUCAAAAUUCGUGAAUAAAAAUGAAUUGAAAAUUAGUGACGAACUGGAGCCUCAACAGGUGGAUCUCCAACUGGAUGCUGAGGGUCUUCAGAAUCUUAAGAAAUCCCCCAGAAAGGAUGUCAAUGAAGAUGAGUGGAAACUCCUUGAGAACCCCUCGGGAGUAUCAGAAAAACGAGACUCCUUGACCCAGAAAAUAAAUAGAAUAUCGAUAAUAUCGUCAGGAAGUGACAAGAGAAGUUCAGAUAGCGUGGAAAUCCUGGGAUCGAGAUCAGAGACGAACACAGAUUGCACAACGACACCGGAAUCCGAUCUGAUAUCCCCGAGUAUAUCACUGAGUACAUCAGCGAUCGAUCCAAAAAGAAAUUCUGAGUCUGUGGAGAUUCUGCCAGACAGUUCAGUCACUUCGCCGAGUUCAGUGGAAAUUCUGGACGACAGAUCAAAGUCUGAGAGCCCUUUCCUGUCGAUCAACCAUGAGAAAUCCCCAGAUGGGGCCACAACGUCGAUCGAACCGGAUUCUGAUGUCACCCAGGGUUCGGACGUCUCGUCCUCAGAUAUUUCUCCGUAUGCGUCACCUUUGGAGGAGAAGAAGACACCGAAAAUCGAGGAGAAGGAAAUGCCUGGGUGUGUUCAGCAGACGAGGCUGAUGUCGCUCAGUGUUGAAAAGACAUCAUUACCGAUCAAUGUGGAAGUACCUCAGGGUGUCGACGAACUCGACGAAAUCAGUCAGGCGGAGGACUCGUACACCUCUGCCUCGGAGAGCAUUACUGUGAUGACAGUGCUAGAUACAAUUCAACAACAGGUCGAUCACAGCAAGGGAAAAAUACACGAGAGUGUGGAGAAACCCAUCUGCACGGCUCCAGUAUCCUCUCAACUGGAGUCUAGCAUGGACUCGUUGAAAGACGUUAAACAGAGUCUUCACCUCGCCCUCGAGCCCAUCACAACUCAACCCAUCAGGAAAUCCGAGUGUCUAGCUGAAAAAAUGGAGUCUUACGAUCCUGAUAUUGUUAAAAGUACUACCAUCGAGCCCUCGGAGUUGGAUGACACAUGUUCAGAGGCUGGAAGGGCCUCUGAGACUGCCGGUACUCUUCUCACCGACUCCAGUUGCGAGGGAACACUGAUUGAGACUAGUUCUGAGGAAAAUCCCACCCUCAGAGAGGAGGAGAGCGAGGAGGCCCCUCUCACUACUAGUUCGUACGUGAAGAAUAUGUUGGCUGAGGCAAUGGUGGAGAAGAGAGAGAUUAUUGGGGGAAUGGAAGGGCGAAGUGUUGAGAUCCCUCCCAGAGAAACCUCUCCCAUCUCCUCGGAGAGCCGCUCUGAUCUGGUGAAAAUAGGAUCUGAUCACGCCAGUGGACACACCAGUGGCGAUGAACUCGAAACUACCACUUCCAGUGACAUUGAAAUUAUUUCAAGUCCAAAUGGAGAUUCAAGUUCCACGCAAUCCCGUCAAUCCCCAGCGAACAUGCACUGUAACAAAGCGAAUGACCUUCUGACGAAGACCCUGAAAAUACGAGGACAUUCUCGCGAGCUCAGUGAAAUAAGCAUUGGCUCGGACGCUGCAAGCCUCGAAAUCGAAAAACUCCUGAGAAGAAUCCAAGAGAUGAAUGAAAUUCUCGAAGUGAGGGAGUCGAAACUAAUUGACGUGAGUCGAAUGAACAUGGAACUGCACGAGCAGAACAAUCACCUGAAGAUCCAGCUGGAGUCCUGGGAGAAACGAGGUCAGCAGCAUCAGGAUUUAAACGUUAUAACCGACGAAUACACCCAACGCAUGUCAGCGUUGGAGAAAAAAUUUCAGCAGACGAUCAGAGACCGCGAUGUACUCAAGGAUCAGGUGGAGAGCCUGAAGAAAGAGAUGUCGAGUCAAACGUCAUCGGUCAACACCGAGAAAGACGAGAUAAUAAAACAGCUGAGAGAGGAGGGUGAGAAGCUGAGUAAACAGCAGCUCCAGCACUCUAAUAUAAUAAAAAAAUUGCGAACAAAGGAGAAGGAGAAUGAGACAACACUGAAGACUCAGAAGGAGCAACUUGAAGAAUUGAAUAGCGAAUUAGAAAGACUUAAACGUUCGCUGCAUGCUAAGGAGGAAGUUGAGCGGAGUCAAAUUGAUGCUGUGCACACGUUGACAGCGAGAGUUAAAAAACAGGACAAGGAUAUAACAACGCUUCAGGAAAAAUUGGAUACUACUGUGCAUAAAAUGGAUGCAUAUAAAACGAGCCUUGAUGCUGCCAAAUCAGAAUUGACAGAGACCAAGUUAAAUUUUACGAGUGUUGAGGAGGAGCUCAAGCAGGCGUUGGAUAAUGCUGGGGAGUCUUGCAGACUUGGAGUCCAGGUAGAGGAUCUCAAAGUAAAAUUACGCCAGACUGAGGAACAUAAUGUGAAGAAGGUUGAGUCGAUUAAACAGGAGAAUAGUGAAUUGUUGAAAAGACUGGAGGCUGCUGAAACGAGGAGUGAAGAGCUCUCUGAAUCAGUGUCGCUGGCUACUCAACCACUUCUUCGUCAACUCGAACAACUUCAGACUAGUCUUGCACACAAAUCAUCUGCUUAUAUGAAGCAAGAAAAGAUAAUGGCCGAGAGAAUCGACGAGUUGCAGACGAAAGUUGAUAGCAUGGCUGUCACUGAUCGUUCUCUCGUGGAGGAGAAUUUGAAUUUGAAAUCCAGGGUAAUGAGUUUGGAAUCGCAGCUGAAGCGAAAGGAUGUGGAGAAAAUGAAAUUGGAGGAGACGUGUGAGAAGGGGAGAUUGGAGAAUGAAGAGUUGGUGGGGGAGAUUGAGAGGAUUCGGGGGAAGAUGGAGAGUAUGGAAAAAAUCCAUCAGGAGGAGGUGAGGGAGUUGAGCAGGGAGAUUGAAGCGUUGAGUGAUAAAUUAUCAGUGGAGAAGGCUGCCAUCGAUGCGGAAAAGAGAAAGAAUAUUGUAUCGCUCGAGCAACAUCAGGGUGCGGGGGAGGAGGCCAGGAUCAGCCCCACUUCUAGCCUCAGGAGGGAUUCCAUUAGCAGCACCAAUAGCGUUUGGUUAGCGUUCAAUGAUUCAGUAUUUGAUACGAGCUCCGGACGUUUCCCGAAUGUUUACGAGGGCUUGAGAGCCAGUGCAAACACAACAUCGACUAUUGAAACCCUUCAGGCGCAGUUAAAGGCACGAGAAGGUGAAAUACAGACCCUCCAGUGGGAAUUAUCCCGGAGAAACAAAGAGCGAGAUGCACUCGAAAUGGAGCUAUCGAAUUUAUCGAUGAAAAUCGAGGAACUAACUGCCAAAUUGAAUGAAGUGGAGGCUUUGAAUGUUAAUUUGAAUGAAAUUCAAACUAGGUACGACGCUUUGUUGCAAAUGUACGGUGAAAAAGUGGAGGAGACUGAGGAGUUGCGAUUAGACCUGGAGGACGUCAAGGACAUGUAUAAAAGCCAGAUUGAACAGUUGUUGAAGAGGGACACGUAGGUCUAGUCAGAGUCAAAUGGAACGAAGUGUCGAUAAACUUUAUGAGGGAAUUGGUAAAUCAGACAUUUCCCUUUUCAAUUUUUCGAGUGAGUGAGUUAUUGACAUUUCCAAUGAGUGCAAUAACAUUGCCUUCGCGUCGCUGGUCGGCUCUAGACAUUCAUUUCCACUUGUGAAUAUUUGUUACGAUUAAAUUUUAGUCGAGUUUUUUAAGCGAUUCAUGAUUUUCCAUCGAGAUAGGAAAGAGAUGAUUUGUUUUUUUCAUCGUGAGACUGAAAUUAUGUAGAGAAAUUGUUGGAAUUAGGUUCAAAGGUAAUGCCGUGUGAACAUUUCUGUAAAUAAGUAUGACAUCAUUUGAAUGAGUGAAUAAAUAAAUAAAUUCAGAAGCGAAAGGGUGAAGAGUAAAUUGAUUCAACGCGAGGGUACGUUUUCGUGGAAUGCAGCUGAUUCUAAGGGAGAUGGCGAAAUUUUUGUUGAGAUCUUUUUUCGAGAGUUCGAUGCGCUCAACAAAAAAUAUUCCUACUGAAAUUUUGAUAUCUCGCUUAGAUUCAGAGAUAUACCCCGAAAAUCCAAUUGAAGAAUAAAUCGAAUUGUUAUUCUUCAUUUCUUCAAGAUUGAAUUAUUUACAAAUGCCACUCUCGUAUCGAUUUACAUAUAUUAGCGAGUUUUUAUCAAGAAAAGUAAAAGAAUCGUAUGAAGUUUUGGGGUAAUUAUAAAUAGUGAUUGUUAUUCAAGUCAUGUAAAUUUUUUAGAAUAAUAAUUUUAUUGAUAAUUAUUUUCUCGGCGGCGCCCACACCAAAACGGCGACGAGGAUUUUGGAUAAAAAUUUAAUCGAGCCUAGAUUAUUGUAUUACUUUCUCCCAUUGGGUUAUCAGAAAUUUCUAUGUCCUUUGGAAUUGUCAAGAGAUAGUGUUGUAUUGUUUGUGGUUUUAUGUUUUUGUUGAUAAUUGAAUGAUUAUUACCCCCGAGUGAGGGAAAUAAUUUCUGAUACGCGAAUAAAUGAUAUCAAAUAAACGAUCGAUUAUGAUUUUGCUUUCCUACCUUUUUCACCUGUUGUGUAAUUUCAAAAAAUUAAAGAGCUCGUGCCUAUGAUUCUUCAUUAGAGAUUUGAAUUUACAAAAAAAAUCACCAAUUAUCCUUUUUUGACUUACAGCUACCGUAAAUUGUGUCCACCUAUUAAAAACUACGCUUUCAUUUAUGAUGAAUAUUAUCGACAGGACAACCCACAUUGAAUUUCCAAAAAAUGUCCCCCUCCGGCGAUCAAAUUUCAUCCGCAAAAUUUGAAAAUAUGAGAAAUCAGAAUUACUGUCAAUUCAAUCAAUCCAAAUUUCCCCUAAAACCAAUACUUUUAAUAAUAAUAUUUUUUUAACCAAGAACGUAAGAGACUUGUCCUCUUCGAUAUUCACCGCUAAUUGAAAAGCGCAGGGAAAAUUGAUUUGCAUUACUUCUAACUAUUUUCAGCGCCGCCUUAUCAAGUGACAUACAAGCAUUUCUGCCUGACUUUCCUUUUCAUCAUGUAAACAGAGAAAUUGAAUAUUUAUCAGUAGGUCCAAAUAUAGAGAGAAAAAAAAAAGUUAACAUUUCACUGCCAUUGAUAGAAGUUGAAACAUAGAAAUCCUUGAAUCAUGUUUCCAUUUUUUUGCUUUUUCGUUCGAAGACAAACGCCGUUCGACAUGCG